ACAAUUACAAUAAAAUUUCGAUUUUCGACCUUCGUAAAUUCUGCGUGAUUACGAAUCACGAUUGAAAUCUUUAGAAUAGUAUUUAGUUUAGAAAAUUUAGUGUACAAAACUGAAAAUGUCGUUAUUUAGUGAUAUAUUACCGAUGAAUAAGAAUGAGGAGAAGAAGCAGGCUCAAGCAAGCGCGAAUCUUUCGCCGUACCUAAACUUUGACCCGAACUACAUACCGAAAAUGCAGCCGGAGUUUCUUUAUCCUGAUGAAAGUCAUAUGUCCUCUACUGCCAGACGGUCUAACGUUGCUCUACCUAUCAUUGGAAUGUCCUUUAUGACGGGAUCAGGUCUUGGAGGCAUGACCGGUCUAUACAAAGGACUGAGAGCAACUACCCUUGCAGGCCAAACUGGCAAAGUACGGAGAACACAACUAAUAAACUAUGUAAUGAAACAGGGCACAACAACUGGUUGCACAUUAGGAAUUAUUGCAUCAUUCUACUCGACCCUGGCUCUCGGUGUCACAUGGGUGCGUGAUAAAGAAGACACAGCCAACACUUUCAUUGCAGCAGCUGCUACUGGUGUCUUAUACAAAAGCACAGCUGGUCUACGCUCUAUGGGCUUAGGUGCCGCCGCUGGUCUCACUUUAGCAGGAAUAUACACCCUAGUCACAGAUAACGACAAUAUAUGGAGUAAAGCUAGAUAUAUAAGAAUGUGAAGCCGCCUUGUAAUGCUAUAUAAAAAUUUUACAUGCUGCACCACAAUACAUUAUUAAAAUCCGCCUGAUUGAUACAUAUGCUUUUCUUACAGUGAUCCAACUUUUCUGUUCAGCUUUGUUUUAACUCUU